UCCCUGCAAGGUGUUGCUCUGGACAGCGGUAAAUCGCUCCCUCCGAGCGGGCGUGAGGGGUGGCAAGUGGAUGCUGGGUGCUUCCCGGGAGCGCUGAGGGCUCCCCGACCCUGUGCUGUGGCCCUGACAUCAGGAGGAGCUCAAGCCACGGCCUCCUGCCCACCACGACUCAGGGACGGGGCGACAUGAGCCGGUCGAGGCAUGUGGGCAAGAUCCGGAAGCGCCUGGAAGAGGUCAAGAGCCAGUGGGUCCGGCCGACCAGGGCCGAUUUCAGCGACAAUGAGAGCGCCCGGCUGGCCACAGACGCCCUCUUGGACGGGGGUCCCGAGGCCUACUGGCAGGCACUCAGCCAGGAAGGUGAGGUAGACUUCUUGUCCUCGGUGGAGGCCCAGUACAUCCAGGCCCAGGCCAAGGAGCCCCCUUGUGCCCCGGAGCCCCCGGCAGGAGCAGAGGCAGAGGCAGGCCCCAGGGGACUGGACUCCUGCUCCCUGCAGUCGGGCACCUACUUCCCCGUGGCCUCCGAGGGCAGCGAGCCGACCCUGUUGCACAGCUGGGCCUCGGCCCAGAAGCCCUACCUGAAGGAGAAGUCCAGCGCCACCGUGUAUUUCCAGAUGGACAAGCACAACAACAUCAGAGACCUCAUUCGCCGAUGCAUCACCAGGACCAGCCAGGUCCUGGCCAUCCUGAUGGAUGUGUUCACGGAUGUGGAGAUCUUCUGUGACAUUCUAGAGGCGGCCAACAAGCGCGGGGUGUUUGUCUGUGUGCUCCUGGACCAGGGAGGUGUGAAGCUCUUCCAAGAGAUGUGUGACAAAGUCCAGGUCUCUGACAGCCAUCUCAAGAACAUUUCCAUCCGGAGUGUGGAAGGAGAGGUGUACUGUGCCAAAUCAGGCCGGAAGUUCGCCGGCCAGAUCCAGGAGAAGUUCAUCAUCUCGGACUGGAGAUACGUCCUGUCGGGAUCGUACAGCUUCACCUGGCUCUGCGGACACGUCCACCGGAACAUCCUCUCCAAGUUCACGGGCCCAGCGGUGGAGCUGUUUGACGAGGAGUUCCGCCACCUCUACGCCUCCUCCAAGCCCGUGAUGGGCCCGAAGUCCCCCAGGCUGUUGGCACCCCUGCAGCCCAGAGCAGGCCGCAGCCCCCCGCCUGGCCGCCUCAGCGGCAGUAGCCGCUCUGCCAGCGACCACACGUCCUCCAACCCCUUCAGCAGCCCCUCAACGGGCAGCAACCCCCAGAACCAGAGUUUGUCGGCCUCGUCGGGGCCCAGCAGUCCCCUGGCCCCAAACCCCCCUCUCCCUCCCAGGCUGCAGCCCCACCAUGGCCCGUGGGGGGCCCUGAGCCCACAGGCCCACUUCUUCCCCCCGAGGCCCCACGACAGCACACCAGCUCCCCACAGCAACCUCAACGCCUACAGGCCCACACGGCUGCAGCUCGAGCAGCUUGGCUUGGUGCCCAGGACGGCCCACAUCUGGAGGCCAUUUCUCCAAGCCUCCCCUCAUUUCUGAUGGGUCGCUUCCCCCAGCAGCCCUCCCCAGUGCCGGGCCGGGCUGGGCAUGCCUGGACUGUCUGGCCCAAGGACCCCACCUCAGUGACUAGCAGCCUGGAAAUUUCUUCCCUUUGAACUAAAAGUGCUCAGACAACCUCAUUGCCUGUGUUUGUUCCCAGGCCUGCGACCAUUCAGCUGCCAACACCCACCAGUCCUGGGGGUUCCCCCUCUAGUUUGGUCAAUGGAGCACAUUCCAGAAAGUUCCGGGGGGGGAAGGAGCUAGAGGACAAAAGCAUGAAAAUAGAGUCCUAUUCUUCCAGAAAGCAGCCAGCACUUUAAUAAUAAUAUUUCCUGACUCUCUGUAAUGUAAGAUGGGGCAGAUGCAGCCCAUUUUACAUAUGGGUAAACUGAGGCACUAAGACAUAGAUUGCGGGUGCGACCAAGGUACUCCUGUUUCCCAGUGCCUGGGAAUGUCCCACUUUACAAAAGGUAUGAGAACAUUCGGGAUGUUUCUGGGAAAGGCGGUAAAGGCAUAAUAGUGAGGUACCCCUUGGCCCGUUGAAUUAGGGAUAAGGCCCCAGAAUGUGCCACUCCAAGCUGUGUGGGGUCGGUUGCAAUUGCAGCCCCCAGGGAUGGGGCAAGCCAAGGUGUCUAGGGGGUGGAGUUGGGCAAGGCGGUUCAUCAGCUCAGGUUCUGGCUUGAGGGAGCCUUGGGCUGGUCUCAAGGUCCCUGAGUCUGGGCCAGUCCCAGGGGCUUACGGUGUCAAGAUCUGGGAAUGGCCCUGCAGCAGUGCCCAGGGCAGCCCGAAGCAGCCAGGGUGGGUUCAGCAUUGACCUUGCGGCCCCCUUGCCGUCAGACCCAGGCUUGUUGACACCUGAAGCAAGGAUGCUGGGCUCUCACAAGCGCCAUCAUUCUUUCACCGUCAGAUUCACAGCACGCUGUCUGUUCUGGAGGUGGUCCCAGAUCUCGAGGGCGCAGCCUAGCUGGGGUAGAAGGAAUCCAGCAAGCACAGGGAAGGCCAGGCAGCCCAGUC